AUGCCGGAUGUAGAUCCGUUGGCAUUGACUGCAUCUGCGAAUUCAUCGAACGGCUCGAAAUCUUCCCCUGGGCUAGCAUCGACCGGCGUGGUCUGGUGCACCGAACGAGCCGCCGAGUAUGGCUUGCUCGAAGACCCAAGCAAAUGGGCAAAUCUCGGCCAGGGAGCGCCUCAGGUUGAUGAUGAUAUCGAGGGAUGCUUCGAGCGACCACACAGCCUCAACAUCUCUGUGAACAGCCGCGAGUAUGGCCCUACAGCAGGCAUCAAACCACUCCGCAAAGCCGUCGCCGAGCUGUACAACGCCCACCACCGCAAGGACAAACCGUCGAAGUACACUUGGGAGAACGUUUGUAUCGUUCCCGGCGGCAGGGCUGGGCUCAUCCGCAUCGCUGCCGUCCUCGGCAAUGCCUACCUUGGCUUCUUCGUCCCAGACUACACGGCCUACAACGAGAUGUUGAGCCUGUUUAGGAACUUCGCAGCCGUCCCUAUCCCGUUGGACAAGAAGGACCACUACAAGAUGCACGCCGAGAAGAUCGAAGACGAGAUCAAGCGCGGCACAUCCGUCAUCAUCACCUCAAACCCUCGCAACCCUGCCGGAAACAUGGUCGCCAACCCGGAACUUGCGCACAUCCAGGAUCUCUGCCGCGACCGAGCCACCCUAAUCAUGGACGAGUUCUACUGCGGCUAUAAUUACACCACCAACUGCGAUGGCGCCGUCAUCAGCGCAGCCGACAACAUCGAGGACGUCGACGCAGACGACGUGCUCAUCAUCGACGGCCUAACGAAGCGCUUCCGCCUCCCCGGCUGGCGCGUAGCAUGGAUCGUCGGGCCGAAGGAGUUCAUCAAAGCUAUCGGCUCGUGCGGCUCCUACCUCGACGGCGGCACCAACGUGCCCUUCCAAGAAGCCGCAGUCUCCAUGCUCGAGCCGACGAAAGUCCGCGCGGAGAUGAAGGCCCUGCAGACACACUUCCGCAUGAAGCGCGACUACGUCGUCGGUCGACUGGAAGCCAUGGGUUUCAAGCUCGACUACACACCCAACAGCACGUUCUACCUCUGGCUCAACCUCGAGCAGUUGCCGGAAGGGAUCAACGACGGCCUGAACUUCUUUCAGGCGUGCCUGCUGCAGAAGGUCAUUGUUGUCCCAGGGAUCUUCUUCGAUCUCAACCCGAGUCGGAGGAGGGAUCUGUUCGACUCGCCUUGCCACCAUUAUGUAAGGGUCUCAUAUGGCCCGAAGAUGGAGACGUUGAAGGCUGGGUUGGAUAAGAUAGAGCGGAUCUUGAAGAAGUGGCAUGCGUUUGAGGCGACGAAGCUGUCGAGCAGUCCGAAGCAAAUUUAG